AUGCAUCACAUGAGUGUGUGCGAUUACGGACCUACAGCUCUAACACUAGAGCAGAUGAGCAUCUAUACAAGAUUUGGGAAGCUUGUCGAGCAAAGUCCGCCGUUUCUCUGUACUCUCCACCCAUGGAGAACUAAGGUCAGCGAUACUAUUAUGGAGGAAUACAAAGCGAUAACCCCCAUUUUGGAAGCUGCCGAGGAAGCAUAUCUUCUCUAUGAAGCGGAUGCGUCGAUGAGUGCCACGGUCAGUGUCGGGACAGGGAAAUGGCGAGGCCACGAGUCUACGGGUCAUGUGUUCGAAGUCAUGAAAAGCCUUGCGGCGAGGACGAUGAACACUGAAGCUAAGCACGAUGAGUUUCUUCGGCGCUAUGAGAGUCUACAUGAUGCGUAUGCUCGGCUUCAAGAGCCCGAUGCACUUGGUAAGAUCGAUCUCGCGACAUCAGACAAGCUAGAGCAAAAUCGAAAGACUUGCAGAAGAGUAUCUCAUCUCUGA